AUAUAAAUACAAACAGUAUCUCUAUAUAUAUAGAGACAGCAACAAAGACAGUAGAAUACAAAAGAGAGAGAGAUAGAGAUGGAAUGUUCAAACAUGAAACAGCAUCAGUACCACGGUUCAUACGCAGAGCCAAGGAUCUCAUUCUCAAGCGGUUUCGCAGCGACUAAGCACGAAAUGAUCAAGUACAAGGAGGCACCAGUGUCGUCAGAUGAUUUUGAGUUCGGAGUCGAGAACUUCUCUAUGACCACAGCAGAUGAAAUAUUCUUCGAUGGCAUGAUCUUGCCUCUAAAGGAAGAAGUUAACACGACGAAGAGAAUGUCAACUCUGAGGGAAGAACUCAGUGAAGAAGAUGGUGAUUCGCCGAGAAGCAAAUCAAAAGGAUCGAGUGGUUGGUGGAGAGAGAGAUUAGGGCUAGCAUUCGUGAGGUCCAAGAAAGAUCACAAGAAAAGUUCUUUUUAUCACCACUAGAAGCAAUUCGAUUCAACCGUUCUUUUUAUUAUUUUUGUUGAUGUUUUUUGGCUUCUUCUCUCCGUAGGGCUAAUUUACUCUGUAAUGUGUUUCUCUCUGUUUUCGUUUUUUCUUCUUCACUGUUCCUCUCCGAUGUAAAAAUUGUUUGCGGUUGAAGAGUUUCUUCUUUUUGUGUUUUUGAUGCUUUUAUUUCAGGAAAAAAUAAUCACAACAUAACUAUCGAGUUUAUUUUCCAACUUCUCUUCACGCGAUCUUUAACUAGAAUUCACAAAAGCAAUCUUUC